GAUACCAAUUGAAGGAGGAAUUUCUCGGUUUAGAGAAAUAAAAGGUGAUCGGUGUCACUAAACCGGCCGCCUGAGGUUUUUCCGGCGAUUUUGUCAGAAGCUUUGUCGGAUAAUCGAUCUCGCCGUAAUAAUGACUACUUCCAGGAGGCUUGCAGACAGGAAGGUGCAGAAGUUUGAGAAGAACAUAACCAAGCGCGGAGCUGUUGCAGAGACUAGCACAAAGAAGGGAAGCAAUCUCUCUGUAGGUCCAAUCCUGCUUGGAUUUUUCAUUUUCGUCGUCAUUGGAUCAUCUCUCUUCCAGAUAAUCAGGACAGCAACAAGUGGAGGAAUGGCUUGAAGUGUAUGAAAUUGGAAUGCAAUGAGGAGGUGACACACACACACACAUACACCUUGAUUUGAUAGUUAAGGUGUAGCAAUAUAUUACUAUUAUCAUUUUCCCUUCAUUUUAUUCUUUUGAACGUUCUAAUAUGGUAACGGGCCGGCCGGGUCGGGUUGUGACCGAGCCUUAGAACCCGCCCUGCGCUCGACCCCCUCUUGAAUUGAAUCCGGAUGGUUGUGUUUUGUAUAAAUAUAUAUAUAUAUGCAUGGAUUUUUUA